GUCUCUGACUGGUCAUAUUGGCAUUCAAAGUUUGUCAACUCGAAAGACCAUGCUAAGGAACUUAAAUGUGUGCAGUUCCAUUCCAAGAAGAGUUUGGAUCAAACCACUUGGUUAUGGAUCAGCAUGCAUAUCAACUCUCAGUGGAUGUAGUAAUUACAGCAGGACAGCUGUCGUGUCAUCCGUGCAGAAAAAAACAUUAUCACAGUAUGCAAUCAAUAGUAGUAAUCAAUUGGUGAAAGGAUUAUCAAAGAACAAUGUCAACUUUGAUCGAAAUCCGAAAAUUUUACCUUCAAAUUGUAUAUUAUUGCAGAGAUGUCUUGCACCAGCAGCAACAAGCCCAUAUUUGAAACACUUUCAUGAGGAUAGAAAAACAACAGCCUUGACCGUGCUGGGCAGCCUUAAGGAACUGAAAACCUCACCUAUUCCUGCUCUUGUGUUGGGAUUCUCUGGUCUUAUUCCUUUUGUGGCAGCCCCAAUGUACAUUGUUACGAGUCAGUUGUUUUUGCCCGACAUAGCUUUUGCUCAGGUGGUAUAUGGUGCCACUAUCUUAUCUUUCUUAGGAGGCGUACGAUGGGGUAUGACCAUUCCAGAAAAUGGUAUUCUACGGCCCAAUUGGUUCAAUUUGACUUACAGUGUCACUCCGUCCCUAGUAGCAUGGGCUGGAGUUCUUAUGCCAAGUCCAUUUUCUUCAUUGACACUUAUGCUUGGCCUAGCUGGAGCUUGCUAUAUGGACAUGGUAUCUUAUGGUUAUCCCCCAUGGUUUAAAGGCCUCAGAUUUACUCUAACUUUUGUAGCCAUUCUCUCUUUGUGGACAACACUUAUGUGUAGCCUGUUAAUGGAUACUGAUCCAAAGAAACAAGAAAAGAAAGCAGAAUAGAAAUUAUCAGUUCCCAACAAUGUAGCAUUUUUAAUGAAAAAUGUUGUUAAAAUUAUAUGAAAUUUUGACUAUA